UUGGCUUGGGUCAGACGUCCUCACAACCAACACAUCAACUCUCUAUCUCCCUACCACCAAACCUUCUGCUGAACUUUCACUUCCCCGGUCUUGAUACCCGUCUUCAAUUUCAGUGAACUUUCGAAUAAUUACCAAACAUGUCGAGAAGAUACGAUUCCCGAACGACGAUCUUCUCGCCCGAAGGGCGUCUGUACCAGGUCGAAUAUGCGCUCGAGGCUAUUUCACACGCGGGAACGGCGAUUGGGAUAUUAGCAACCGAUGGAAUCGUUUUGGCGGCUGAGAGGAAGGUUACCAGCAAGCUUCUGGAGCAAGAUACGUCAGCUGAGAAGCUCUACAUCUUGAACGACAACAUGAUCUGCGCAGUAGCAGGCAUGGUCUCCGACGCGAACAUCCUCAUCAACUACGCCCGUCAAGCCGCCCAACGCUACCUCCUUACCUACAACGAAGACAUCCCAUGCGAACAGCUUGUGAGGAGGUUAUGCGAUCUCAAGCAAGGCUACACGCAGCACGGUGGUCUGCGCCCAUUCGGUGUUUCGUUUAUUUACGCAGGUUACGACCCCCAAAGGCAGUUCCAGCUGUACCAGAGCAACCCCAGUGGCAACUACGGCGGGUGGAAGGCAACAAGUGUGGGAGCAAAUAACGCAAGCGCCCAAAGCUUGCUGAAGCAGGAUUACAAGGAGGAUUGCAACCUGAAGGAGGCGUGCGUGAUGGCCGUGAAAGUGCUUAGCAAGACGAUGGAUGCGACAAAGCUUAGCAGCGAGAAGAUCGAGUUCGCAACUGUUGGCAAGACGAAGGAGGGCAAGAUAUACCAUCAUUUAUGGAGCGCGGAGGAGAUCGAAACGCUACUGAAGGAGAACGACUUGGCGAAGGAAGAUACCAGCGACGGCGAUAGAGUUGUCACCUAGAAUAUCACGAAAGUUGGCUGAGCGGCUAUUGUACUUUUAUGCUAGAGCGAGAGAAAUGACAAGAACUUUGAACAA